CGCUGUCUGGCUGCCACGUGGUUCAUUAUUUAUCCUUGUAAAACUGCAGAAUUAUUUGUAAGACAAGAAAGGACAGAAACACCCUUUCUUCGAGGUAGCUUUAUUGUCUAGGGCUUAAAAUACUGGUUUAAUGGUGAAGGUAAUCAAUUCAACCAACACCCUAGAACAAGGAUUGAGAGGCUACUAAUGCCAAUGGACAACGGUCAGUUCUCCAAGGAUUAUAUAAAGGCCUGUCGUGAUAAAAGAGAUUCAGGGCAGAGGGAAACUCCACCACCAAGUGUGGUACCAUUUCCCAAAGAAGCCAAAUGGAUAAGAAGCCAUCCACCAGUAAAGGUUCAAUUUUCUGUUCCUUGCGCUAUGGGCUGGCUCUCAUCAUGCACUUCUCCAACUUCACCAUGAUAACCCAGCGUGUCAGUCUGAGUAUUGCAAUGAUUGCCAUGGUGAAUGGCACUCAGCAGCACGAUCUAUUGAAUGCCUCCACAGAAGGGCCUUUUGUGGACACACUCAAUAAUCCCAUCAAGAAAGUUAAUGCAGGGGUCUCUGUUUAUGAAUGGAGCCCAGAGACCCAGGGUAUCAUCUUUAGCUCCAUCAGCUACGGGAUAAUACUGACUCUGAUCCCAAGUGGAUAUUUAGCAGGAAUAUUUGGAGCAAAACUGAUGCUGGGCACCGGCUUGUUGGUUUCCUCCCUUCUCGCCCUCUUAACACCGUUGGCUGCCGACUUUGGAGUGAUUUGGGUUAUUGUUAUUCGUACAGUUCAGGGCAUGGCUCAGGGAAUGGCAUGGACAGGUCAGUUUACAAUUUGGGCCAAAUGGGCUCCUCCACUUGAACGAAGCAAGCUCACCAGCAUUGCAGGAUCAGGGUCAGCCUUUGGUUCCUUCAUCAUCCUCUGUGUUGGGGGACUAAUUUCACAGGCCUUGGGCUGGCCUUUUAUCUUCUACAUAUUUGGUAGCAUCGGUUGUAUCUGCUGUCUCCUGUGGUUCACAGUGAUUUAUGAUGAUCCAAUGCAUCACCCAUGCAUAAGUGUCAGGGAAAAGGAGCACAUCACAUCCUCACUGGCUCAGCAGUCCAGUUCUCCUAGAAGAUCUGUCCCCAUAAAGUCUAUGGUCAGAUGCCUACCACUUUGGGCCAUUUUCAUUGGUUUUUUUAGCCAUUUCUGGUUAUGCACCAUAAUCAUCACAUACCUACCAACGUACAUCAGAUCUGUGCUUCACGUGAAUAUCAGAGAUAGUGGGGUUCUGUCUUCCCUGCCUUUCAUUGCUGCCUCAAGUUGUACAAUUCUAGGAGGCCAGUUGGCAGAUUUCCUUCUGUCUAGAAAUCUUCUCAGAUUAAUCGACGUACGGAAACUCUUUUCAUCCUUAGGGCUCUUCCUGCCAUCACUGUGUGCGGUGGCCCUACCCUUUGUGGCUUCCAGUUACCUGACAACCAUAAUUUUGUUGAUACUUAUUCCUGGGACUAGCAAUCUAUGUGACUCUGGAUUCAUCAUCAAUACCUUAGAUGUCGCCCCCAGAUACGCAAGUUUCCUCAUGGGAAUCUCAAGGGGAUUUGGACUCAUUGCGGGAAUAAUCUCUUCCACUACCACUGGAUUCCUUAUCAGUCAGGAUUCUGUGUCUGGAUGGAGGAAUGUCUUUUUCCUGUCUGCUGCCAUUAAUGUGCUUGGUUUGGUCUUUUACCUCAUAUUUGGAAAAGCAGAAAUCCAGGGCUGGGCCAAAGAGAGGCCCCUUACUCGUCUGUGAAUAUACAGAAAUGCAAAUAUAAAUGUACUAUAGAUCAUUAAUUUUCUAACUUUUUUACUGAUUGUCAUUAUUCCUUCACAUUUUCCAUCAUAGACUCAACAUUUCUCAACCCUGGCUGUUCUCUCUGGGAAAUCUUCAAGUCUAGCAAUGAAAGUGCCCUACUCAAAAAAUUUUAAAUGAAUAGGUCUGAGGAAGAAACCAGAAAACACUGAUAUUUUUAGAUGCUGUUCAAGAUUUCUAACAUGUAUUCAGGGUUGGCAAUUGUUGGACAAUCUGGAAAUGUCUAUUCAAUUUUUUUUUAAUUUUCAAAGAGUUUUUCUCUUUGGAAAGUAUUGAAUGAAUAAAAAAUUGGAAGUAUUCACUGAUAAGCACCUUCAGAGGGUGAUUAUGGGCACAGAUAAUAUAUGUUGAGAGCUGCAUGCUAUAAAGCACAGUACAGAACAGAAAUUUAAGCUAUAAUCUAUUGAUUAAUAUUUUCAUUAUUUUUAUAUAUUGUGAAACAUGGGUGCUUAUUUUUGUAGUUACAAUCUAUUAAAACUUAUAUGCUAAAAUGUAAUACCAUUUAAAAAUUAUUUAGAUGGUGCUGAUUUAUAAUAGGUGACACAGUUAUUUAUUAAUUUCAGAAGUUUAAAAGAUCGGGUAAUUUAGGUAAUUUAGGAAUGUCAUUGAAAACAGCGCAAUUGUCCUGUCUUAGUUUCUUUGGCUUUUUCUUAAAAUGGUCUUGGACCAGGAGGUAGUACAAAAGACUGGAAUGUAUGCCUAGCUAAACCAUCAUACACCACUUGGGAGCCCCUGUAAAGAAAUGGGAAGAAACAGUCUCAGAAAAUGUGAUAAUUAUCAUUUUCUUCUAUCCCGGAUGGAAUAAAAGAAAAGAAAAAUAAAUAAAUAAAUAAUGGUCAGGUAAUGACCAGGAGAAUAAAUGAAUGAGAUUAGCUGGUAUAGGGGGUGGAGGAAUAUCAGUGGGGAAUAGAACUCACCAAUUUAAACUUUGAGAAGAAUGAAUGCAAAAGGAGACAAGGUGAACAUUUCCAGGAGGGAAAAUGAACUUCGUAAUGAAAAUUGGAAAGAGUUCAUAGAAAACAGAGUCACUUUCAAGUGAAAUGAAGAUUUCUGCAGGAGAGAAGCAAAUUGGAAAUACAAGAUGGAGCAUAGCACAGAAAGAUAUCACACAUCAGAAAAGUUCCCCCCUAGGAGAGAAAAAGACAUUUUGACCACCUUCAAAUUUUCCUCAUUUUCCUAAA